UCCCCCUUUUGAAUUCCAAAUUUCUCAGAUCUCUCUCUCUCUCUCUCUCCAAUGGCUGCCAACGCUACGACGCCGGUGAGGGCCUCGAACGCCAAAUCCCAUCCAUCUCCAGCCUCCAGGAAGCACAGUCAACAGGCCUUGAUGAAUUCCUCGAUUGCCUCUGAUUCCGUGAAGUCGAGGUUCGAGGCGUUCAAUCGGCUUCAAGCUGCGGCGGUGGCGUUCGGUGAGAAGGUGCCCAUUCCGGAAAUCGUCGCCUUAGGUGGGCAGUCCGAUGGGAAGAGCUCCCUCCUCGAGGCCCUCCUUGGCUUCCGAUUUAAUGUCCGGGAGGUCGAGAUGGGCACCCGCCGCCCCCUUGUUCUUCAGAUGAUCCAUGAUCCUGAUGCCUUAGAACCACGAUGCCGAUUUCAGGAAGAAGAGUCAGAGGAAUAUGGGGGUCCGAUUGUUUUGGCUUCUGCUAUAGCUGAUGUUAUAAGGUCGCGUACUGAGGCACAUCUUAAGAAGGUCAGAGGUGCAGUUUCUGCAAAGCCAAUUGUCAUGAGAGCGGAAUAUGCUCAUUGUCCCAACCUUACCAUUAUUGACACUCCUGGUUUUGUCCUCAAGGCAAAGAAAGGGGAACCAGAGGGCACACCAGAGGAGAUCCUGUCCAUGGUGAAGUCCUUAGCAAGCCCCCCUCAUCGCCUUCUAUUGUUUCUCCAACAGAGCAGUGUAGAGUGGUGUUCUUCGCUGUGGUUAGAUGCUAUUCGUGAGAUUGAUCCUACUUUCAAAAGAACAAUUAUUGUCAUUUCAAAAUUUGAUAAUCGACUUAAGGAGUUUACUGAAAAGUGGGAAGUUGAUAGCUAUUUAAGUGCCGGUGGCUACCUUGGAGAGAACACCCAUCCAUUUUUUGUUGCUCUGCCCAAGGAUCGGGGAGCAGUAACUAAUGAGGAGUUCCGCAGGCAGAUUUUUCAGGUAGAUGCAGAUGUGAGACGGCAUUUGCGCGAUAAUAUUAAAGGAGGAUUCAAUGAAGAGAAAUAUGGGCCCUUUAUUGGUUUUAGUUGUCUGAGAGAAUACUUGGAAGCAGAGCUUCAGAAGAAGUACAAAGAUGCAGCUCCAGCAACACUUGCUUUACUAGAACAACGUUGUGGUGAAAUCACUGUGGAGUUGGCUCGCUUGGAUACUAAGUUGCAGGCCACAUCUGAUGUUGCUCAUCUUCGAAGGUUGGCUAUGCUACACACAGCCUCAAUAUGCAGCCAUGUGGGUGCAUUACUUGAUGGGGCAGCAGAUCCUGCUCCAGAACAAUGGGGGAAAACAACUACUGAGGAGCAGUUAGAGAGCGGCUUUGGGAGCUGGCCUGGUGUGACUGUAGCUAUGAAGCCUCCGAACUAUACUCUCAAACUCUAUGGUGGAGCCGCAUUUGAGAGGGUGAUGCAUGAAUUCCGUUGUGCAACAUACUCACUGGAAUGCCCUCAACUGUCAAGAGAGAAGGUUGCGAACAUACUGCUUGCGCAUGCUGGAAGAGGUGGGGGUGGGGGAAUAUCAGAGGCAGCUGCAGAGAUAGCACGGGCUGCUGCUCGGGCAUGGCUUGCUCCCCUUCUUGACACUGCCUGUGAGAGGCUGUCCUUCAUUUUAAAAAACCUCUUUGACCUUGCAAUGGAGCGCAACCGCAACCAUGGCUCAGAUUACGGAAGAAAUAAUGGAGAUAUGGAUGGCUACAUUGGAUUCCAUGCUGCUUUAAGGCGCUCAUAUAACAAUUUCAUUAGUGAACUCUCAAAGCAAAGCAAGCAGCUAGUGCGACACCAUCUUGAUUCAGUUACUAGCCCGUAUUCCCAAGUUUGCUAUGAGAAUGAUCUCCAAGGGGGAUUUGUUUCUGGUUCAAGAUUCAUUCACAAGUACAAUCAACUUCCCACAGCCUCAUUUUUUCUUGAUCUGUCAGAAGGUGCUGCUUUAGGAGAUGAGAAGUUGUUUGUGGAUCAAGAGAACAUACCACCAAAAGAUCAUCAGCAAACUCCUCCUGGGAAAGGAAAUGAAACUGAAGCUCUCAGAGAAAGCCAGCUGACAAUUCCAGAGACACCUUCCCCUGAUCUGCCAAGUGACGUUAUUCAUGGGGCUAAGAAAGAAAAUGGUAAUUGUGUGGAAAUCGGAGCAAGAAAACGGCAAGCAAGAGUUAUAACCACUGGAAGGAAUUCAGAUUCCUGCAGGAACCAAAACGCUAAUCUUCUGGGUGCUGGUCAUUUCGGCUCAAAACCUGGGUCGUCUUAUUUUGAUAUUUGCUCCCUAGCUGCUCAACACUUUGCAAGAAUACGUGAAGUGCUUGUUGAAAGAAAUGUGUUAUCUGCCUUGAAUUCUGGAUUUCUAACUCCUUGUCGAAGUAACUUGGUUGUGGCACUUGGUGUUGAGCUGUUUGCUGUGAGUGACGACAAGUUCAUGGACAUGUUUGUGGCACCCGGUGCCAUUGAUGUUCUUCACAGUGAAAAGCAGUCCCUCCACAAGCGUCAAAAGAUACUGCAAUCAUGUUUGAGUGAGUUCAAGAAUAUAGCUCGCACACUAUAAUGGAGAUCUAGUUUCAGCUUACCUUUUACUAGAGAGAGUUAAAUGCUAGUUUUCACGUCUGGUGAAGAUGCCAAUUUGUCAUGCUGAUGGUUUCGUCUACCGGUGAGGAAGGUCUUCCUCAUCCAAGAUUCCUUUGUACUUGCUCUUAACAUUUCAAUAAUUCCUUGAAAUUUGUGAGCCUCAGUUGUUUUUCCUUCCUGAUUUGCGCAAGCAUUAUGUACUGAAGUAUUUAAUACUUCACGUGUAAUCUUCCCAUGCAAAUGCCUCAUGCUUGAUGUUUCAAUCUGUAUUUUGUGAAGCACACAUUAUCUUAAUGUUGGCCAAACUCUGACAAGUGUCAAGCACAUGUUAUUGCUAAUCUUGAAAUAUUGUUUAUAUAUGGGGCUUCUAUGUGUUUGGCAACCAGUUGUGUUAGUU